UUUUGAAAAGACCGCAAACUAACACCAAGUGUGUUUGCACGUUCAGCAGCGAGUGAGGAGGCGAAUGUGGACCAACUAAAAUUUUGUAAUAGCAAUUUAAGAGUAAAUUACCUGUUAGAAUUUAAUAGAAAAACAUGUCUGAGGAAAGUCCAAGGACCGAAAGGGUUGAAAAGGUCGGAGAUUUCACAGUUUAUAUCUCGGGCGAAGAGGCAAAAUCGGAAGACAAGGAAAAUGCGAAAAAGAAGGAGACAUUAUUGACGUUCCAUGACAUUGGAAUGAAUCAUAAAACAUGUUUUGAAAAGUUCUUAAACCAUGAAGACAUUAAAUGCCUGCACGAGAGAUUUGUGAUGUACCACAUUGAUGCUCCUGGCCAGGAAACUGGAGCAGAAAACCUAUCCAAUGAUUUCCAGUAUCCAAGCAUGAAAGCCCUUUCAGACAUGGUUGGCAAUGUUAUUGAUCAUUUUGCGUUACAUGACAUAGUGUGCUUUGGAGUUGGAGCAGGUGCUAACAUCCUUUGUCGAUUGGCAUUGUCYAGCAAAUGGAAGGAAAAGAUUCUUGGACUUAUUGUUGUGGAACCUUGCACAGCAACAGCGUCUUUCAAGGAAUGGGGAGAAACCAAGAUUGAGUGCUGGCAGCUAAAUUCAAAGGGCUUCACUGAUGGGACAACYAAAUACCUGAGAUAYCAUCAUUUUGAAAGGAAAUCUGGAAAACCAAGCCAAGAACUUGAAAACAACUUUGUUGAUGAUAUGAAAAAGAAUAUCAAUCCACAUAACCUUGCAGCUUUCCUCAAGUCUUACAUGGAGCGAAUUGACAUUAUCAAGGAAGCCAAGACUUGUAUCAAGGACAAGACUAUCUCGACUACUGCAUAUAUUAUGGUUGUAACAGGAGAGCACUCCGUUCACAAGGAACUUUCGGAGCAAUUCUUCCAUGCAUUGAGUGAGUAUGACAGAAAGAAGUACAGCAUUCUCAAGCCUGACAGUGGUGCCAGUGUACUGGAGGAAAAGCCUGACACAAUGGCAGAAGGACUACUGCUCUUCAUUCAAGGCCUUGGAUUAGUGCCAACACUGAGGACUCGUUCCAUGUCCAGGACAGGCUCCUUUGGAUCAACAGGGAGAUCAGCAUCAAUGUCUGAAGAUUAAGAUGACAAACCUGUAUUUUCUCUGAUAUUUCUUGUGAUUUUUGAAAAAAAGAACUGGAGGCCAGGUGGUUGAUCAGUUUAGAACUGGGUGUAUGCGUAUUGUUUAAUGAUUUUUUGUAUGAAUUAGAAUAAGUCUGAAAGGUUCUUGAUGAAUACAAAAUGGACGUUUUUUAUUCUGAGGAUUUCACUACCAUAUCUGCCAGACCAGUUGCGUAUCUUUUCAAGGAAAAUUACUCUAUAUUAUGAAAAUACAAUGAAACUGGCAACAAACURUUUUCAAAUGCUUUUUGUUAUCUGAAUGACAUGUGAAAUUUUGCAAUUGUUGCAAUAGUAGUUUUUCUGUAUGUUUUCCAUAGUUUUCCAAGUUUCAUGGACUUCAGUUUACUUACUCCAAAAGUAUUUACUUUUUAUUAUUUUCUUGUAGUCUUUAUAAMGUUCAAUAUCCUAUGGGUGACAAAGCAAAUAAUAUCAUUUCUUGGGUAAAUGGGUUAACCUGGUAACUUAAGAAUACAUGUAGUUUUUGAGAUUCAUCUCGCUUACAAGUAUUUUUGUAAAUGUCAUGUAGUAGUGAUUGACUUGUUAGUUUUGUGGUCAAUAGCUGUGAGUCAUUACAAGAUGAAGUCCAUUUUCAAUGUUGAAUUUGUAUUUUUGUGAUGAAUGUAUGAGCAAGGUAUCAAUUAAAUUUGAAAUUUUUUAUUGUU